AUGGGCUGCUCCGCUUCCAAGGGACCCAAAACCAGGGAGGACACGCGAGGCCUGCACGGGGACGGCUCUUCCCGCGGGAGCAUAGACCCGCCCAAGAGCAGCCACUCGCCCGAAGCCCCCUCAAAGAAGAAGGCCAAGGCAAAGAAACGAGGGAAGAAGGCGGCUGUCGAGGGCCCCGGGACGGAGACUCCCACCGCGACCUCCGGAACACCGUCGUGGGUGCGGCCGCUCCACGCGGUGGAGAUUUCUCGGCCGAAACGGCGUCAUGCCGGCCCCUCCCCACCGCCAGUCCUGCAAGCCGUUGAGGUUCGCGAGACACGGGUCAUACGCCCACCGCCCCCAACGCGGGCGCUUGCAUCGGGCGCGGGGCACCACACCGUGUCGACUGGCAGCAAAACGUCUCUGUCGUCGUCGCCCUUUGCCACGUCGUCGUCGUCGGAGCUCGGGCGUCGCCUCCUACGCAGCCCGGUGGAGUCCCCGCGGAACCCGGCCACCGUCGACGAACGCCCGCUGCCCAUACGGACUUCGUCCUCGCGGCACUCGAGCCCGCCACACAGUGAUCGCAUGGAACGAAGGAAGCCCCCUGUUGCGUUGAACGGUGUCUCACCGGCGCGAAAUUUACGUGAUGAGGGGGCGCGGCAUCCGAGAAGUGUUCACACUUCGUCGUCGUCGCCUACGACAACACCUACGCAAUCCACGACGCCGACUUCCCUUGUAGAGGAGUGCUGUUCCCCGUACAUGCCACGAGAGGUGGAACUCGUGCGCAGUGCAACACUGCCGCCGAUGGUCCCGUCCAGUCGCUCACCGAAGGCCGAGAAGCCAGCCGAGCCUCGCGUGGAACCUCCGUGGGAAAAGAACAGCAGGGGCUGGGACGUGCUGGAGCAGAUCCGUCUCCUCCUGCACGCGCGCAACGCACACGUGGCCUGA